ACGUAUAGAAAUUUAGAAAUUCGGGUACCUUAAUUUUUCUCGGAAAGCAAUACUUUCCUUACCUAUGGUAAUAGGGCAAGGAAAGUAAAACUACUGCCUGUAGCGCAUGAGAAAAAAACAGUAAACAGAAAAUUAAAACAGCACAAAUCUUACUUGGGCUAUUAUAUUCUAUAAAUUCUAUAAAUGUGUUUCCAAACCCAUAUUGUUUUAAUUUUUUUAUUAGAUACAGUAAUACACGUCGGUGUUGUUCAAGGUUACUGAAUUCUCUACAAGUAAAUUGAUAGUAAUUUUCAUUAAUUACAAAUAAAUUGCAUAAUCUAAUUUUUAAUCUUUCAUUUAAUGGAUCUAAAUACAAUACAAUAAUUGAUUUACAAAUGAAAUCGAUAUAAUAAGAUUUGUACAACUCAUAUUGCUAACUCAUAAAUUCGCCCAAAAUGACAUGAAAACCCAGUUUUAUCAAGCUGCGUUUACACUAAAGUUAUUAACAAAAUGUUAAUAACAUAAUCCUUAUAGACAUUAGAUUGAAUAUAACUUAUCAUACACAUGAUGAGCAUAUGUUUGUCAAGUUCCGUUCAAUUUAAUAGAAUCUAUAAGGAUUAAGCUAUUAACAUUUUGUUAAUAACUUUGGUGUAAACCCAGCUUUAUACUUCUAUUCGUAUCCUCAGUUUAAGUGACAUAGCCUAUCGUUGAAAUGAUAAUGGCUAUUAACAGUAGUAAAAAUACUACUGCCACAGACUAGAUAAAAACUUGUCUAUUCCAAUUGGAGUAAAGCUGAAAAUGGGGAGUAACUCAGGGUAUCAUAUUUCCUGAUAAUAUAUCCUAGUUCAACCGAUCUGAAAUUAUUCAUUUUUCCAGUAAUUUUUGUUGGAAGUUGAUUCUUAAAUAUGAAUGGAAUGGUAUUUUACAGCACUGCCCUGAUAAUCCUCAUGAAAUAUUUGUCAGGAGUCGUUGAAGGAAAUUCCAACUGUGAAACUGAGCUGUUGCCAAGACUAGUUCUGCGAUGUAAUCUGCUAGAAAACUACUUGGAAAGACCAGUCCAAACUACUUCCACCAAAGUUCAUGUGAAUACUACAAUCUUCCCAAUUGAUAUGGAUUUUCAAGAUCACAUGCAAAGCUUGGAAGUGACUCUAUGGAUGAAUAUGACAUGGAAAGAUGAAAAUUUGGUUUGGAAUCCCAAAGAUGCAGGCAUAAGUAGCAUCUUUAUUGAAUGUGAUGAGAUUUGGACUCCUGUUCUAACAUCCCUAGAUCGCAGGAAGAUUGAUGAAAACUAUGAAGGAGUAUUUUGUGAAUUGAGCUAUGAUGGUGUUGUAAAGAGAACUGUUACUAAGACUUUUGUGAAUACUUGUUACAAUGGACUAGAUUUCAGUCUAUGGCCGUUUGAUGAGCAUCAAUGCUCGAUUUUCAUUGGUGUUCCACAAACCAGUGACCUCGACAUCUAUUUCAAAGUGGAGGAAUUUGAGAUGCAUGCGUUUGGUAGAGAUACCGCAUGGGUUGUUGAGGUGGUAAAACCUCCACCAAUUAUCCAUCCAGUCAAGAGAUUUGAAUUGGAAUUCAAGUUCAAGAGACCACGCCUUGUCCAAGGAAGCGUCAUCAUCUUUACAACCAUGGGUUAG